CCUUCAGAGCUCUCUACACUCUCCCGAGAGCAGCGGAGAAUGAACACACCUCAGAUUGAAAAGAAGUGUAUGCAGGCAUCAGUGUCAUUCAGGGACGUGACUGUGGAGUUCACCCAGGAAGAGUGGCAGCACAUGGGUCCUAUUCAAAGGACCCUUUACAGAGAUGUGACGCUGGAGAACUACAACAACCUAGUCUCAGUGGGGAACUGCAUUUUCAAACCAGAGGUCAUCUUCAAGUUGGAGCAAGGAGAAGAGCCUUGGUUCUUAGAGGAAGAAUUCUCAAACCAGAGCCACCAAGGACCAUCUACCCACCAGGAUGGAACCAAUUCACCCCAGGGGCCUGAGUCAUUCAGAGGAGGCCGGUGGCAACGUCUCAGCUGGAGGCCCUGGGCUACGCUGUAG